UCGACUCCGGCGGGGAGUCAUUUUAAGGCGCAUUGAGAUCUUAAUAAUAAAUAGCAGUGAUGCCCUUGGAGCAGCGACGCCGGUCGCCGGAGCAGCAUAAGCAGACGCAGGAAAGCCAACACAUCGCUGCAAGAGCGCCACGUGUCCCCGUGGAAACUGCAGGCGGGGAGAGCAGAGGAGAGGCAUCGUGUCGGGUAGAGCGACGUCCACCCUGCCCUUCUCUUGCCCUCCUCCCCAACUCCUCCGCGGCCGCGCGAUCUCUGCGCCCUUCCUUCGCCUCGCCCGUCCCCUUCACCGCUAAUUUACUGAUUCGCCCCUCGUCAAGCCGCCUCUGCUUCCCGACGGCCAUGGAGCAAGAAGCCUCGGAGCCCUCACCCCCGCCGCCGCCCGCGGCCGAGAGAGACCUGGGCUUCGCCGAGCGCGCCGUCGCGGCGGCCGGCGCCGCCGUCGUGUCCGCCGUCCUCGUCAACCCCCUCGACGUCGCCAAGACGAGGUUGCAAGCACAAGCUGCUGGAGUAGUCUAUAAUCCGAUAUGGUCAGAUUUUAGGUGCUAUCCAUCAUGCAGCACUGGUGGAAUCAAUGGUUUAGGCCCAUCCUGCAGUCCUGAAUGCUUUCAGUACAGAGGAACAAUGGAUGUGUUUUCUAAGGUCACUAGACAGGAAGGAUUUUUUAGACUAUGGAGAGGUACUAGUGCAAGCCUAGCAUUAGCCAUACCAACGGUUGGAAUAUAUCUGCCUUCUUACGAUUUAUUGCGCAAUUGGAUUGAAGAAUAUUCAGACCAUAAUUUUCCAAAACUUAGACCAUAUGCUCCUCUUAUUUCUGGCUCUAUUGCACGAUCAUUGGCAUGCAUAACUUGUUCCCCUAUUGAGUUAGCAAGGACACGAAUGCAGGCCUUUAAAGAAUCAAAUGUUGGUGGCAAACCCCCUGGAAUGUGGAGGACUUUGCUUGGUGUGCUUUCAUCGAGACAAAGCAUCAGUAGCCCUGAAAACGUUCGGGGAUACCACCUCCUAUGGACCGGUCUGGGAGCACAACUAGCACGCGAUGUCCCCUUCUCAGCCAUAUGCUGGACAGUUCUUGAACCAAUCAGAAGACACUUGACAGGAUUAGUUGCUGACAAAAGCAAUGCAGCAGUUAUAUUGGGGGCAAACUUUUCUGCAGGCUUCGUUGCUGGGGUUAUCUCUGCUGGUGCUACCUGCCCUCUUGAUGUCGCCAAGACACGCAGACAGAUAGAGGAUCCUGAAAGGGUAUUAAGCAUGAACACAAGGCGCAUAUUGCUUGAGGUUUGGAGGAAUGAAGGUAUCAACGGUCUGUUCAGAGGUGCAGGCCCUCGUAUGGGACGCGCAGGACCUUCCGUGGGCAUUGUUGUCUCCUCUUACGAAGUUGUCAAGCACAUCAUGCACAGAAAACAUGCAGAGUUAUGAACUUUUGAGCUCCUCUUACGUAGAUUUGGGCUUCAGCUGAGGCUUUUGACGAACAAUUUUUUUCUCCACCUACUCGAACGAAAUUUCACUAUGUACUUUUGUCAAUGACUCGCAAGUCUCUACCAUUGCCUGCCUACCUUAUCGGGAAGGCGGGGUUGGAAUGUUUCUGUUCUAAUAAAGGGGGUAAAAUGCUAAAAAAUGUUCAUCAUUUUACUACUAACUAUGUUUUCUGUCUGCACUCUUCCAUGCGGUCUUUAGAUGGCAAACCAUUAUAGCCAGGAUCCUGUCGUCACGGGUAAAGGAGACGCUAGGCGAAGGACAUUGUACGGACCAACCUUGCAGGAGAAAGCACAGAGAUCACUAACUCGACACUAAAUAGGUAACUUUGCUGAGUUUGUUGUUCGUGACAAAGAACUAAUAUUUGGCAGGUUAGAGAAACCUGUCUCCAACCGUGUGCAUAGCAAGCGGAAUUGAUUUCCCCAGCGUUUGUAAUCCAAAUUUAGAACACAAGACCGACCCUACCGAAUCAGUUUAUCUGACAGGUUUAAAUUGCUAGCUACUGGUUGGUAAUCAGAUUGGUAAAGCACCCGGUAUAAAUAUGAUGUUUCAGUGUUGAGGCUUGGAACCUGUCAUGUUACCUAAAUUUAAGUAGGAAUGCAGGCUCUCGCUCGCUCGCUCGCAUCGAUCCCACUGUGGCGGAUCCUCCCGUCACCCUGAACACCGGCCUGUGCGCGGUGCGUCCCGAUCCUAGCUUCAGAAACCAGUCGUCUCAGCGCUCGGG